UUCUCUCCGGAAAGAUAAUAAACAAUCUCAUUAGUGGGCUAGCACGGUUUCGUGAGAAUUUGAUAUCUCGUGGUUCCAGGUUGGGAGCGGUUACGGUGAUUCUAAUAUAUACUGCCUUGCUUCAAACCAACUUCUUAUUAUCGAAGGUGGUCCGUGGGUAUUUUUGCCAGAUUCUGCAUCAGUAGAAAGCUGAAAAGCUUCACAUAACGUUUCCACAAGGAAUUUUGAUCAAGCCAUCUAAAUUUUGAGUUUAAUUUGCUUUCUGCUCUGUCGGUAAAUCAAUAUCGACAUCAACGAUGGACAACCAAGGCGAGGUGCACAAGCUGCAGCUGCACCUAUCCUUGCUGCGGGAGGAGUACGUCAGGCUGCAGCGCGACCUGGCAGAUGUCAGCCGCAAGUAUGCCAUCCUGUCUGCGGAGAGUGGCGCUCAGGGCGGUGAGCCCGGCGGCUACGUGGCCUCUCUGGUGGCCACAGUGGCUGACCUGUUCCGCUCCAAACAGUUCAGUGACCUGUCAGUGAAGGUCGGUGACCAGGUGUUCCAGGGACACAAGUUCGUAUUCGUCGCCCGUGGCAGCCACUGGGGCGUCAAGUCCGUGGCCGACGUCGUUCAGCUCGACUGGUCGGACAUCAGUUACGAGGUGGGGAUGGAGGUGCUGCAGUGGAUCUACACGGACCAGGCGGCGCUGGCGCAGGGAGACGACUUUGUGCUGGAUGUGAUGCGCACCGCCGACCGGUUCAAACUGGAUCAACUGAAAACCAAGUGCGAGAACGCUCUCAUGUCUUCGGUGAGCGUGAAGAACUGCAUCAAAUUCUACACCACGGCGGACGACAUCGGCGCCGGCACGCUGAAGGACUACUGCUCGCGGCUCAUCUCCACACACUGGAACGACUUCACCAGCGAGGACUUUGCGCACAUGAAGGCGCCGCUGGUGUACGAGAUGUUCAAGUCGAAGACCCGCUACCCGCUGCACGCUGCCAUCCGACUGCUGAGGGAGGACGUCGUCUUCCUGUUCCUGAUCGAGUUCAACGCACAGCUGCCGGAGCGCCUGAACGAGCCGGACGACCGCGAUAACCUGCCUCUGGACCUGGCGCUGCGGCUCGACCAGGCUGCCAUCUGUGAGACGCUGCUCAAACACAGAGUGGACGUCAACGCCGCCGACGGACAGGGGCGCUGCCUGCUGCACAAGGCCAUACUCCGAGAUGACGAGCGCUCGGCGCUGUUUCUGGUGGACCACGGCGCGGCGGUGGACGGCGCCGUGCCCGUCUCUGGCGACACCCCGCUCCACCUACUGGCCACCGGCGGACCCCAAGACGAGUGGAGGGGCCGGCUGGCCAGGAGGCUGCUGGACGCGGGCGCUGAUACCAACGCCCAGAACUCGGAGCUCAGCACGCCUCUCCACGUGUGCGUAUCGUCCGGCUGCACGCCCGUGUUUGACGUCCUCAUCACCCGUCCGUGUGACCUGGAGCGGCGCGACCGGCGCGGCCACACCGUGCUCUGGCACGCCCUGCUGGCGGGCGUACAGCAGAACAGCAUGGCGCAGAGACUGGUCACCGCCGGAGCGAGCGUGGAUGCCGUGAACCAGGCGACCCAGGACACACUGCUGCACCAGGCGGCGCUGAACGACCUCGAGGAGGAAGCCAUCUUCCUGGUCAAGGCCAAGGCUAAAACAGGAGCUUUCAACAAGCAGGGUGAGACCGUUCUGCACGUGGCGGCCGCACACGGCCUGUCCCGGCUGGUGGCUGAACUGCUCCGCCGCGGCGCCAAUGCUAACGCGGCCACGGCUCGCGGCGAGGCCGGCGGGGUGGGGGAGCCGCACCGGCAGACGGCCGCCCACCUGGCUGUCCAGUACCGACACCGGGACGUGGUGGCAGCCAUACUGGAGCACAGACGUAUGGCUGAGAGCUCCCCGGACGCCAACACCAUAGUACCGGACCUGAACCUGAAGGACUCAAACGACAGGACACCGCUGGCGCUGGCGCUGGACAUGAACAUGAAUGAGGUGGCUCUGGAGCUGAUCCGCGGCGGCGCGUCCGUGGACAUCCCUGACCUGGAGGGCGACACACUGCUCCACCGCGCCAUACGCACCGACAACGGACGGUCAGCCACCUUCCUGCUCAAGAACGGCGCAGACAUCAACUGCAGGACGCGGGACGGCCUGUCGCCGCUGCAGCUGAGUAUCGAGCGCGGUCUGCUGUCGGUGACGGAACUGCUGUGUGAGUCGGGGGCGGACCUGUCCUCCUCCCCCGGACACGAUCCGCCGCUCUGGCAGGCCUUGGCGAGUGGACAUACAGACGCCGCCUCGGUUCUGGUCAGGUUCGGAAUAGACACGGACUGUUGGGGCGAGGGACCGGACGGCUGCUACCAGACACUGCUCCACCGCGCCAUUGACGAGAACAACGAGCACAUCACCGGGUUCCUGAUACGCAGCGGCUGUGACGUGAGCAGCGCGCGCCGGCCGGGCCCGGACGGCCGCGGCGGGGACGAGGCGCGUGAUCAGAUGACACCUCUACACCUGUGUGCCCAGUGGGGACUGCAGGAGACGGUCCAGGCACUGCUGGAGCACGGAGCCAACACUAACGCCAGGGACUGUGACCAGAAGACUCCUCUGCACCACGCCAUAGAGAACGGCCACACUGGCAUCAUCACCCUGCUUCUGUCGGCCCCCGAGACGGAUCUCACGGCGCGCGACCGGCUGGGCCGGGCGCCCUUCACCCUGGCCAUGACGAUGAAGAACAACAAGGCGGCGCAGGCCAUCCUCGGCAGGGAGCCGGGCGUCGCCGAGCAGUACGACAGCCGCGGCCGGAACUUCCUUCACGUGGCGAUCGAGAAGAAGGACAUCGAGUCAGUCAUGUUCCUGCUGUCGAUCCACGUCAACGUGCACUCCCGGACUCGCGACUCACUGAGCCUGACUCCGCUGCACCUGGCCGCCCAGGCCGACUCCGAGAUCAUACUCAGGAACCUGAUGCUGGCGGGCGCCCGUCUGGAGGAGCGCACCCCACUCAAGCAGACGGCCCUGCACCUGGCCGCCGAGCGCGACUGCCACCAGUGUGUCUCCGUGCUGAUCGAUAAGGGAGUCGACUUUAACGCCGUGGACAACAACCUGGAUAACGCUCUGCAUGUGGCCUGUAAGGAGGGGCACCUAUCCACGGUGCGUGUGCUGCUGACCGAGUCACAGAUUGACGCCGAGUCGACCAACCUGCGCGGCCGCACCCCGCUGCACAUGGUGGCCGCGCUGGGACGGGAGAACGCGGCCGCCAUCUGCCAGCUGUUCCUCGAGUCCAUGCCCAAAUACCCGCUGGACAAACAGGACGCCGAGGGAAACACCGCGUUGCUUCUAGCCUACAUGAAGGGUAACGUCAACCUGUGUAUGACACUGGUGAAGGCGGGCGCCUCGCUGGGCAUCAUGAACAACCAGGGCGUCUCCAUCUUCAACUUCCAGGUGGCCACCAAGCAGCUCCUCUUCAGAUUAUUGGACGCGCUCUCCCAGGAGCCGGGCUGGAACGACGGUGACCACUGUAUGGAGUGCGGCACCAAGUUCGGUAUCGCCACUAGAAAACACCACUGUCGCCACUGCGGUCGGCUGCUGUGCAAUAAGUGCUCGGACAAGCAGCUGCCCAUCGUCAAGUACAACAUCAACAAGCCCAUCCGGGUGUGUGACACGUGCUACGACGUGCUGACUCUGGGCGCCGCCAUGUUCGGGUAGGUCACCGCGCGGCGAUCGCGGGAUGCUUCAGUGCCACUGCUGUGUAGAGACGUGGAGAAUAGGCUGGAGGCUGGAGGCUGGGCUGGAGGGUGGAGACUGGAGGCUGCGGCGUCGAAAUGGAGCGCUUAUAUUGAAUCGUGUAUGUACGAUGGUUGAGCAGCCAAUACCCUUGCAUACGUGCAUGGAUGGUUAGGGUUGAAGCUGAGUCGCGCUCUCACUAGAUUGGGUUUGUGGACCACCGUGUAUUGUGGACCACUGCGCUGACGCCGGCUGGGGCAGCGUUAUUGAGAUCAUAGCUCACGGAAGAUAUCAUGUGAUGAGAUGUGGCUGGAAUCUCGACUGUUAUAUGUGGAUGGCCAGGGGAUCAGAGGCUGUAUGGGGCGUUCAUUCGGACACAGACAGCAGGAGCCAGACAGGACAGUUUUCAGGAGCAGGAGAUUACUUGUCAGGGACCCACUCUCUCCUGAUUUGUGGGAGUCGAUGCCAGGCUUUCCUGUCUGCGAUAUAACGUUGAGAAGACACACAACCACUAACCAGUCGCCGCCUUUUCCAAACACUGCCUCGGUGAUUUGAUGGAAUAUAGCUGAAGCCAACCUUUGCCAUGACAACUAGACGUAGCUUGAGUGCAUUGCUAACGUCACUUUAUAUCCUGCGGGCCAAAGACUGCUACCCCGCCACCAACCGUAGGCUGCUGUGAUGGCGUCAGAGUGACGUAAGGAGUGACGUCACUGACUGCGUGUGGCGAGCUGCGGGUGACGUCAGUCUGAUGUCGCUGUGAUGUAGCGCUGAUGCCGUACUGAUGUUUGUAUCUCCGCUAGCUGCGUGUACUCUGUAUUCUGUACUUGGCCUGAAGCUCACGAGAAAACUGUCUGUCUGACAGUGACAGACAGGUAGUUAAUUGUUCGGUAUCGUAGGAUAGCGCUCACGGGGGCGUCACAGAAAUCAAACCAUGUGAGACUGUAACUAGCUCGAAGGCUACACCGUGGUUACACGGUGGUUACUCUGGUAACACCCAGUGUGGCGACUGCUCGGCGACUGAUGCAAAUCUUGCCAUAACCGCUGAUGGCUGGCCCGCGUGGUGGUGGUACAAUCGGACGUUUAUACGUGCAGUUUGUGGUAUGUUCAACCCUCCUCUGGGACCCUGACGUCAAUAAGGUCAGCUUCAAACUGCAGAGCUAUGGAUUAUUGAAUCGGUGCUGCGAAAACAAUCGAUUGUUGGCUGACUAAACUGCGGUGAUCCAUAUUGACGACAUAUCUUGAAUUUGUUUUGUAUCCAUGUGUGUAGAAGAUUUAUUUUGUGUGAUCUGCCUUUGACACACGCUAUUAGUUUUAGUUUUGGUUGGCUGUUGUACAGGAAGACACUUAUGUAUCAUGUGCAUGUGGAGCUUUGGUGAUGCAUUAUUCGUACUCGAUUGCUGUGAGCUGCAAUAUGGCUCCGAAUAUGUUGUAACCAAGUGGUGAUAAUUCAGUAAUACUGUGUACCGCGUAGCGACGCAUGCCUUAGCUUCCGUUAUGUUACAGUAAACAGCUUCUAUACUAGGCUGUUAUGUGCCGUAUUUGCUAGAUUCGUAACCGUUUACAAACUCGAUGUAAUUCACUCACGACAGUUGGCCCGCUUAUCUAACGGUAUUAUGAUGAUAUCACGUUUGGGUUCGUUUCUUGUAUGUAUGCGCCUUCUGUGCCGUCGGGCAGGCGCUUUAUCGGUACCUACACCCACUGAUUUGUAAAUGUCGCAUGAACAGUGACUCAUGUCCCGAGAUUUCUACAGAAAAAUACACACUGCUCUGACUCAG